AUGUCUUACAACCACUGCUUUGGAAACUUCUCCCACUCUCUGGGUGGCUGUGUGUGCUACCUAGUCUCCUCCUGUGGCUCUUCCUCCCCGAGCCGCGUGGUCUACAGCACUGGUCUCUGCUCUCCCAGCACCUGCCAGCUGGGCUUCUCUCUCUACAGAGAUUGUGAGCCCAGCAGCUGCCAGCCCUCCUGUGCGGUGCCCAGCCCCUGCCAGCUGUUCUGCUACCGGCCAAGGACCUCCAUGAUCUGCAGUCCCUGCCAGUCCACUUACACCGGGUCUCUGGGCUUUCGGUCUAAAAGCAGCUGCUCCCUGGGCUAUCGAUCCAGUAGUUGCUAUUCACAGGGUUGUGGAUCCAAUGGCUUCAGACCUCUGAGUUAUGGGGUCCAUGGCUUCCCUUUCCUGGGCUAG